AUGGACGGCUUCGGCACGGAGGGCCUCGACUUCCCCACGGAGACCAGCCUGGAGCAGUGGAAGCUCGAGCACGUCGCGCGGGACAUCUACCGACGAUCCGUCGCGAGCGCGCGAAUCCGCGAGGAGGAAGACCCGACAGAGGAGUGCGUCGCGUGCGAGGGCGGGUGGGAGGCGUCCGUCGCGGUGCUCCACCGCGAGACGCACGUCGCGUACCUGACGAAAUCCCUGAGGCACCUCAGCGCCGGGCACGUGGUGCUGGACGCGUCGCGAUGCUGGCUCUGCUACUGGAUCGUGCACGCGCUCGCGUUACUCGGGGAGCCGCUGGGCGACGACGCGGCGCGCGACGUCGUCGAGUUUCUCUCGCUCUGUCAGCACCCCGACGGCGGGUUCGGGGGCGGGCCGGGGCAGAUGCCGCACCUCGCCCCAACCUACGCCGCCGUCGCGUGCCUGGCCGAGAUCGCCACCGUCGAAGCGGCAAAAUGCGUGGACCGCGCCAAGUGCGCAGCCUUCCUCGCGCGAUGCAAGGAUAAGAGCAGCGGCGGGUACAGGAUGCACGAGGGUGGGGAGACGGACACCCGCGGGUGCUACACCGCCCUGGCGGUGGCGAGAUUGCUGGGGGUUCAAGACGCGGAGGGCCUUUGCGAGGGGGUGGGCGCAUUCGUGAAAAUGUGCCAGACGCACGAAGGGGGCGUCGCGGGCGAACCCGGCGCGGAGGCGCACGGCGGGUACACCUACUGCGGCCUCGCCGCCGCCGUGCUCUGCGACAGCGCACACUCGCUGGACCUGCCGGAGCUGACGCACUGGCUCGCGCACAGGCAGGGCGCGGUCGAAGGGGGUUUCAACGGCCGAACCAACAAGCUCGUCGACGGGUGCUACUCGUUCUGGCAGGGCGGGGCGUUCCCGGUGCUGGAGUUGGCGUCCGGCGCGGCGAUCGCGUCGGACGCGUCGUCAAACGCGGCGUGCGCUCUGUUCCCGGCGGCGCAGCUGGCGACGCAGCCGACGUCGUCGUCGAACACGGCACCCUCGGCACCCUCGGCACCCUCGGCACCCUCGUUCUCCUCGCGCGCGCUGCAGGGGUGGUUGCUGCUGUGCUGCCAGCUCCCCAACGGCGGCAUGCAGGACAAGCCCGGGAAAGGGAGGGAUCACUACCACACGUGCUACUGCCUGUCCGGGCUGAGCGUCGCGCAGCACUGGGGCGCGGACGGGUUGGUGGGACCGGCGACCAACCUGUUGGAGCGGACCGAUCCGCUCGUGAACGUCACCGAGGCCAGGCUCGCGGAGUGGACGCGUUUGGUGGCCCAACUGCCGAAGAUUUAA